ACCUCCGCUCGUUCGGCUCGUUUCCGUAGUCAUCUUCCAUUGUUUUCACGCUGCUUAUCUCGGUCUUGCGUGCGCUCUUGCAUUCACUCGCGCCCGCCGACCCGUUCGUGGAAGAUUGCACUGACCCAGGAAUGAUGCGACGACGUUACAGCUGGAUGGCGCCUUGAGGUGAGGCUCAACGACGUCGUCUACGCCGAGGAGGCGGCAGUUACACACCGAGUCCCGUCACAUCUGCGUCGACGGUACGCCUCUCGACAAACGUAUGAAAGAUCGGGGCUGUAGCAAAAUCAAGAACGAGACAAUGCCGCCGUCCUCGCACACCAACUGGACGAGGCCGUUGCUCAAGAGCGGACAGACAAUGCAGAUGCAGGUUGCUAGGCAGCAGCAGCAGCAGCCGCCGCCGCCGCCGCCGCCGCCGCCGCCGACAUCGGUAACAACGACGACAACGACGACCUCGAUGACUAUUAGCACUGGAGCACAGAAUCAAAACAUAGCGGAGCAUCCUGCAACACCACUUGACAAGAGAAUCAAAGUAGUCCUAGUGGGCGAUGGAGCGGUCGGUAAGACCAGCUUGGUGGUCUCGUACUCCACCAAUGGUUUCCCUGGGGAAUACGUGCCAACCGCAUUUGACAAUUACAAUGUGGUCGUAAAUGUCGACGGACAACCGUUAAAUGUCCAGCUAUGUGAUACAGCGGGCCAGGAUGACUUUGACCCUCUGAGAUCGUUGUGCUAUCCUGAGACAGAUGUGUUUCUAGUUUGCUUCAGUGUUGUAUGCCCCUCAUCUUAUCACAGUGUGGCUUCCAGAUGGAUCAAUGAAGUGAAGAAAUACUGUCCUAAUGCUCCAAUCAUUUUGGUGGGGACAAAAAGUGACUUGAGAUCGGACGUACGUUUGAUGCUGCAACUGGCGCGAUAUGGACAGUCAGCAAUCACUACUAUUCAGGGCCAUCAAUUGGCGCACAGACUAGGCGCCGUCAAUUAUGUAGAGACGUCUGCAUUAACGCAACACGACCUCAAGGAGGCCUUCGAUCAGGCGAUAGUCAGUGCCCUCAAUACGCGGCGCGAAGGCGCCAAUUUACUAUACCGGCGUAGGAAGCCGCCCCCGUUAUGGCGUAGAUGGCUGUGUUGCUGGGAACGGUCGUCUUCGAGCGAGACCUAAACAAUCCCUAUUUUAAGUGAUAGAAUUCUAUACUUUUUUAGAAUCCCUCUGUGAUCAUAGGCGGUCGCUCUCCUUUCUGUCAGAAUCAUCAUCCUUCAGCACAGCA